GUGGGUCUGUGGGUGUGGCCAUAAAACAAUGGCGGAUGAGAAAGAAACUCUCUUGUGGAAGAAAGCUGGUAGUUCAGCUGAUGAGCAAGAAAGAUACAAGCAAGAAACCUUCAGAGUUCGUCUUAGAAGAUGGCUCGUGUGGAAAAAUAUCAAGUUUUUUGUUAUCCCAGUGGAACUAAGCCUUUUCUUUUACCUUUUUACGGUUUACUUCCAAAUGCAGUUCUACCAGCAAUACUACUACCAGAGGAUCAUGAAACAAGAAAUCCUUGACUUUAACAACAUAUCAAAUGAACAGGAUGAUUGGUAUUUUGAGAAUGAUAGCACAUGCCUCAAUCAAGAUGACAUUACAAACAUGUCUUCACAGGAUACGUUCCUCAAAGGUCAAAAAGAGGUCAAUCAUCUUAACAUUGUUACGACACUCAUCUCUCUUUCCUUGUCAGUAGUUACUUCCCUCUUUCUUAUCCCGUACUCCGACGUGUAUGGACGCAAGCCUUUUAUUGCUAUUGUUUUUGUGGGACAGAUAGCAGCCACUGUGGCCUCCAUCUUUAUCGUUUAUUUCAAAUUAAAUAUGUAUUACUUCUGUUUAACGGCUGCAAUCAAUGGCCUAAGUGGUGGAUUUGGUGUGAUACUAGCUUCAUCUUUUGCAUACAUUUCUGACAUUACUCCUCCUCGUUGGUUAACCAUACGCAUGGCAGUUUUAGGAGCUAUUAUAUUUGUUGGUGCAGCAGCUGCUUCUCCUGCAGCUGACAAUUGGAUUGAUUCUAAUGGUUGCAACUUUCGUCCUUUGGUCUGGCUCAUCUUAGCGGCUUUCUUGUGUGGAUUAUUAUACACUGUAAUACUCCUUCCAGAAUCAUUGAGUAAAGACAUUAAAAGUAAGAAUCACCAACCCUCUAAGAAAGGUUUCCGAGCUCUUGUUCAAGGCAUAAAGAUAUUCACCUCCCUCUCUUAUGUGGAUGCUUCAACACUCUUAAAACUCUGGAUCAUCAAUGCCAUUACAGUUCUUGUUAUGACAAACGAGACUGGCAAUGUUGAGAUCAUUGGUUACUUUCUACAAAAUAAACCACUUGAAUGGGACUACACUCUCAUCGGGUAUUAUCUUUCAGUCUCUUCUGUUGCUCAUGUGGUCGUGUUAUUAGUUAUACUCCCUAUAAUGGUGCUAGCCAAGAUCUCUGAUCCCAUCAUAAUGAGUAUUGGAAUUGCUUUUGUUCUUGUUUGUGAUAUAUGCAUCGCUACAUUUGUGAGCAAGACAUGGGAGAUGUUUUUAGUUGGUGUUUUCAUUAGCAUGGAGGCAGUUGUAGCUCCUAGUCUAAGGUCCUAUGUUGCUCAGUUGGUUAAAAAAGAAGAUUUAGGUACUACAUUUUCUGUUUUGGCUGCCUUCCAGAUCAUCGGGACUAUUAUUGCCACUGUUGUCUUCAAUGAGAUUUAUACUCCACAGACAACAGAGUCAGUUAAUAGUCUGAGUCACAGUCCAAGACUAGUGUAUUGGGUUUCUGCUGCUUUGUGGGGAGCUGGUCUAAUCCUCAGCUUAGUUCUUGUCUUUUUUAGAAAAAAGAAAAAAACUGAAGGAGAAAAGGAAAUAACCAAAAGGCCAAUACAAUGAAAUCUAUAAUUAUCUAUUUUUGCUAAUUUUUGUAGGUGUAGCUGAUUUAUUUAUGACCUCCAUGUGAAUUUUUGUGCCUAUGAUUAUUUAUGGUAUAUUCUAUGAUUUUUUUAA